UUUUUUUUUCACUUGAAACGAAACCCGACGAUAAUUUCCAGUCGACCCGAAUAAGAGCCAGAAAGGGGACAACGGAUAAGCGGAAGAGACAUCUGCGUAUUCUGCGUGAGGACGAAGCUGAGCAUCAUCUGCGCAUUUUUUUAAAAAUGGCAUGGAGAGGCCAACUUUCUCGGAACAUUAAAGAGCUUCGUGUUCUGCUGUGCCAAUCUUCGUAUUCAAGUUCAUCGGCUAGAGCAUUCAUAGAGAAUAAUUACAAAGAUCUCAAGUCACUGAACCCUAAACUCCCAAUACUGAUCCGUGAGUGCAACGGAAUCGAACCUCAAUUAUGGGCUAGAUAUGAUAUGGGUGUGGAGAGGGGCAUUCGGUUGCAAGGUUUAACUGAGGCACAGAUCUUGAAGGCCCUUGAAGACCUUGUGAAAGUAGGAGCAGCACUUAAAGCUUGAUACUGUUGCUGUUCAACUGCAUGGAAUGAAAUAAAGUGAUGCUUCUGGAAGAUAUUCCUAUCACAGUUUUUCCUGUGUUAUGCAAUUUGUUCUGAGUUGCAAAGUUGCCGUUAUCUUUUAUGGUCACUAUAACUUGCAUUAUCGUUUUUUUUUUCUUGCUGUUGACUAGUCCAAUUUCCAAUCAAUCUAUUGUUGCUUCUGCAAAGAAUAAAGAAACAUCUGAUAAAUUAAUUGGCAAAUAAAAAGCAUAAGAGUAGGUUGGAGGAGUUAAAA